CACACAGAGAGACACAGACACACACAGACACACACACACAGAUACACACAGACACACACACAGACACACACAGAGAGACACAGACACAGAGAGGAUAUCGCUAAUUAAUGAUCGAUGUUAAACGAUCUGAAAAGGAGGUUUACAAUUUCUGUUACCUGCACAGACCAACAACAGCAACAACAACAACAGCAGCAACAACAACCACCACCACCACAAUAACAACAACUUAUUGACACAGCAGCGGCAGGUGAAUGAGUCGCCACCGCUCCCAGCGACUCACCGUCACCAUACAGGAGCACAUGGCCAUCGACGUCUCCCCGGGCCCCAUCAGGCCCAUCAAGCGCAUCUCCGACUACUUCCCGCGCUUCCCGCGAGGCCCUCCCGUGUGCCCGCCCCACCUCCCGUCCAGCGGCACGGCCGCCGGCGAGGGGCCCGCGGAGGACGAGGAGGAGGAGGAGGAGGAUGUUGACGCUGCGUUUGAUCGAUACGGAGUUCAGUCGACGGUGGCGGAAACGGUCGAGGCAGAGGAGGAGGUUGAAGGAUACGACUCAGAUGAUACCACGACACUGGGAACGCUAGAGUUCAGUCUGCUAUUCGACCAGGAGAACAGCGCCUUACAUUGUACCGUGGCGCGUGGCAAGGGCCUCAAGGCGAUGGACUCGAACGGGCUGGCCGACCCCUACGUGAAGCUGUACUUGCUACCCGGGGCUAGCAAGGCUACGAAGCUACGCACGAAGACCCUGAGGAACACUCUGAACCCAGCGUGGAAUGAGACGCUUACCUACUACGGAAUCACGGAUGAUGACUUGUUACGCAAGACUCUAAGGAUCUCUGUUUACGAUGAGGACAAGCUAGGCCACAACGAGUGUAUCGGGGAGACACGAGUCCCACUCAAGAGACUCAACCCGAAUCAGACGAGGAGCUACAACAUUUGUCUGGAGAGACAGCUUCCUGUGGACAAGGGCGAGGAGGCGGCUGCGGAGGAGCGGGGUCGGAUCCUGAUCUCGCUCCGCUACAGCACGCAGAGGGGUGGACUCGUGGUGGGAGUCGUCCGCUGCGUCCACCUCGCAGCCAUGGACGCCAACGGAUACUCAGAUCCCUUCGUCAAGAUCUACCUGAGACCCGACAGUGGAAAGAAGGCAAAGCACAAGACUACAGUGAAGAAGAAGACCCUCAACCCCGAGUUUAACGAGGAGUUUCUGUUUGAGAUCCCACACGCAGACUUGGCCAAACGGACAGUGGAUGUGAUGGUGUGGGAUUACGACCUGGGAAAAUCGAACGACUUCAUUGGAGGGGUGCAGCUGGGCAUCAAUGCCAAGGGAGAACAGCUGAGGCAUUGGUUCGACUGCCUCAAGAACAAAGAUCGCCGCAUUGAGCGCUGGCACUCGCUCACAAGUCACGUGCCUGCCUCCAUGCUCAGCGACUAACUCAGUCACUCACUCAGUCACUCAGUUAUUCACUCAGUCACUCACUCAGUCACUCACUCACUCAGUCACUCACUCAGUC